AUGAGGAGAUCGUUUGGAAAAUUGAAAAAAUCUAGUUCAAAGAAGUCAGAUGAAGUUGAAAAAAAUGUUGUAGUUGUUGAUGUAAGGCCAAAAACAGAUUUAAAUGAGCUAAAAAAAGUUGAAAGCAGUAAUUCUUUUAAAUUAAAAAACUUGUUUCGAACAAAGAAAAGCACAAAAAAUAAUGUUCGUUCAUCUUCGAGCAAUCUAGCUGCUGAUUCAAACUUUGUAAUUGAAAACCCUGUUUCAAAUGCUGAUGGUGACAACAGUUUUGAAGUCAAUCCAAAUUAUUUAGAUAAUGAACUCUCAAGAAGCCAGUUAAAAAAGGCAGGUAGGUCUAUAUCCUAUUCUGAUCUUAAAUCUGAUAAAAAUUCACAGAAGAUCAUUGAGUAUGUGAAUUCUGAAAAGUUUGUUAUUGUCGAUAGUUGUAAUUAUAAUUGUAAAGGAUAUAAUGAAAAUAUUUCCAAUGUGGAAAGUGACUUAAAAGAACCAGCUUUUGUUAGACAAAGAAAAGCUCAAAUGUCAAUGAGGAAGGCAUUUGGAAUACACGAUGAUUAUGAAUCAGUGGAUAAAAGUCUGAAGUGUUUUAAUGAGUGUACUGAUCAAGAAGAUAAAACAAAUGAUGAUGAUGUUAUUGUUAAUCAAGAAGAGGAUGAAAUUAAUUUGAAGAAUAAGAAGAGAGAAUACAUGAAAUCAGCUUCUCUGCCAAUGAAUGUUGAUCAAAAGUUGUCUUAUUCAGAAUUUCAGGAUGAAGAAAGCACAUUGGUAGACAAUAAUAUAUUUAGAAAUAAGAAAAUUAUUCAUGGGGAUACAGCUAAGUAUGUUGUCCUAUUUGAUUUCAUAAUUCCACCAGAUUCAAGAUAUAGUGACAAUUCAAGUAUUGUCAACAAUUUGACGAGCAUGCAAGCUUGUGCAGAUGGAGUUUCCAAUGAAAAUUCAACAUUAAAGUUUGAAGAUUAUUCAGAAGAAAUAAGAAAACAAACCAGGAGGCUCUCUUUUUCUAAAAGUUCUAAUUUGAUCUCUACUAGGAAAAGUUCAGGUUUCUACUCAAAUGUUGAUAGCAAGCAAUAUGUUAUGUCAGAUAUUAACCGUGGUGAGAAUAAUAUUGCUUUGCACAAUGUCAUACUACUCAAUAAAUUUGGAUGUGUUACAAAUUGUUCAGCUGAUAAUUAUAAUGGGCAGCAUUUUAUGAACAUAGAUGCCAGUUGCCAGAAUGCUAAUUUCAAUCAAGUUUCUCGUGACUCAGGAUGCAAUUUUAGCCAUUCUAACUUGGUUGAUAACUUUGUCGCCAGGGGCAGUUUUGCUGUGCAUGAUAUUAAUAAUCAAGUUCAUGAAAGACAUUUUGAUAAGUACACUUCAAAUAAACAGAAACAUGAAUCCGGUUAUAAUGAGCAAGUGACCAAUCAUCCAGCAGUAAAAACGAACACUGCUAAAGAUUUUCAAGUCAGUGACACACUUGUUGAUACUAAUGAUAAUGUUUUGUCAUAUCACCCUCAAGACAUUGCUGCUAAAUCGUAUUACAAAAAUAAUUUGUGCCAUAACAAUUAUAGCUCAAAUUUUUACAUUGAGUUGUAUAACUCCAAUAGCCAAAUUGAUGCAAAUGUUUCAAAUAAUGGCGAUAACCCGGUUGCUUCCAAGUCUCAAGAAAGUUUACAGUAUAAUGACACCGAAGCUUCUUCAUCACAGCAAAAUUUGAACGUUGCUGAAUUCUGUCAAAAUUUAUGUCAACAAAAAAAUGUUAUGCCUAAAAAAUUGAUAAGCCUUGACAAGUUAUCAAAGUGCGGCAUGAAGUACAUCUCUGUAAAUAAUGUUUCUGAUAUGGACAGGGCAUGUUACAAUAAGAAAUGUGAAUUGGAUGAAAGUUACACAAAUGAGAUGCAGAGAUAUGAUUUCCCAAAGCAACUGACACAUCGCAAUCUAUCAAAAAGCACUAGUUGUCAACUGAAUAUUGAACCAAGAACAAUUAAUGAACCACAAUUUUCCAUUAGAAAUAAUGACCCAUCACUUAUAAAACUUCAAAAAAGUUGGGAUGAGAAAAGUAGUUCAGUCAGUCAGUCAAUGUUUUCUAAGGAUUGUAAUGUAAGAAGUUAUGUCGAGCCACAUCCUGGAAAGAACAUCAACAUUCCUCAACAUUCCUAUUCAUCAUCAGAUCAGAUAACAUCAAACAUAAAUUAUAAACAAUCUGGUCAUAAACAAAACAUCACUUCUGGUUCAGAUUCAAUGAAUAUAAACACAAGUUAUAAUGUGAAAAUCAAUGAAAAUAGUCACAUAGGGAAGAACAUACAAGCAAAAAUCCUGGCCUUACAAUGCAGCAGUAGCGGCAAUAAAUUACUCAGUAAUGAUAAUAAAAGCAUCUCACCAUUAAACAGUUCAGUUAAAAUGCAAACAAGCUUACUGUCAACUAACUUCAGUCAGUCUGAACAAUGGUUUGAACAUUCUCCUGUUACAACUGAACAUAAAAAUGCAAUUCACCAAGCUAAAUCUUUAUCAUCUAAUGUGUCUGAAACGUCGUUAUCAUCAAUCCCACCUUCCUCAUCUUCUCCAUCUUCCAUCUCUCUAGCGUCAUACAACCGAUCACCGUCUGCAUUUUCCAGUGCAUCCAUAUUCACCAAGAAGUAUCGACCAAUUAACUUCUCUGUUCCAUCUUUCAAUUCUCCUUUCAAUUCAGGUUCCAAAACACCUACCACCAAUAGUGACUUACUUGAAAAUGAUAAUUCUGCUGGUGAUCAGACUGCGCCGGCAUGUUUAGUUACGCCUGACCUCGUUAAUGAUAGUAACAAAAUUAAAUUUACAAAUAUCGUUACCCAUAAAGCUUUUGUCAUCAAUAAGAGCGCUGACAGUCUUUCAACUCAAAACGAUUUUCAAAAUUUCAAUGAAAAAAAUCAAAAUAUCAGCAAACUUAGUUUUUCUGAAUCGCCAGAGUCACACAUAACAAAUACUCCACCAAAUAAACUCAACACAAGCAUGCUAGAUUCAUCUCUUCUCAUCACACCACCUCCACUUCCAACUUGUUCUCCACCACAGUUAACACCUAAACCAAAAGCAACACCCGAAACGACAUCAACACCAAGGACAAGUCAACUACGCCUAUCUCAAUGUGGAAAGGAGCUUAAAAGUGAUUACAACAAUCUUACAUACACCUCUUUGAAACAUGAUGGGGAAAAAUUUGUAAGCAAUGAAAUAUAUUCACCAGUGGUUACUAACUUUGCAACUAAGUUUGCGCCUACCACCACGCUGUAUAAUACAGAGGUUGAAAUGAAUAAUCCAUUGCAAAGGUCUCACUCAGAGAAUAAGUUUGUCAGACGAAAAUUAUUUACAGAGGAGGAGGAUUGCAACAUCUUGAUAACUUAUGCUGCUGACAAGUUGAAAGACUGUGAUGAACAUUUGUCUGGUGUACUCAAAAUGAGAUAUCAACCAGUUGUUAGAUAUUUGCAAAAUGGAGAUGUUUUCUUGCCGGCUGAGUAUCGUUCUGGCGGGGAUGAAGAUGGCGUUUUCAAUAACAACAAGAAAAUUGAUAACAAUUUCAAUUUUGCCAAUUCCAAUAUUGAAUUUUGCAAGAUGCAGCUGGAAGAUAGAUUGGUGAAGAAACUUGAAGUUUUGACUUUUGAGAAAAUAAAUUAUGAAAGCAAACUUAAAAACAAUGAAGAAUUAGGCUCGCAGAUAUUUACAAACCUUUCCCAAUUCUUGGAGGGUAAACUUGUGGAUAAGUUUGCUUCUCUGGAUAAAGAGCUGGAUAACGUGAUGAAGUUGUUGUUCAAACUCUGUGGAAUGAUCAUGAAGAUCCAAAACAACAUCACUGGCUUGCCUCAUAACUCAACUGAUAAAGAAAAGGCGACCCAUCACACCAAAUUAGAGGGCCUAAAGAUGAAGCUGAAGGAAGCUCUUGUGAUCAAAGAAAAUGUUAAACAACGACUUGAGCAUCUUCUUUCGUUAUCCAGAAGCAGUUUGACCGAACAACAACUCAAUGAUUUAGUGCUAUAUUACACUAAUAAGAAUAAUUAUUUAAUUCAUUGUAACGAGUUGAAAGAAAAUGUACUGUUGAGCCAAGCUCAACUACAAUCCUUGAGGAAUACAAUGAACAGGAACAGUGUUCAUUCAAACUGUUGA